AUGUCGCUUGAUCCAUUAGAUAAUCAAAACUUGAUGCUAGAUACAAUCGUGUUCAACAAACUUGUUCAAAAUCUACCAAAUCUAAGAGAAGUUGAUCUGAGUUAUGUAAAUAUGUUUUUGGCUGAACCUAUUUCCUUGAUGAAUUUGUCUUCCUCAUUGUCUUCUCUCCAACUCAUGGAAUGUGGAUUACAAGGGGAAUUCCCAGGCAAAUUGCUUCAAAGGCCAAAGCUUCGAGUGCUCGAUUUAAGGGGAAAUGACCAUUGUUUGCCAAGGUCCAAUUGGAGUUGUUCCCUUGAGACACUGUAUCUUUCUUAUACAAAAAUUGCAAUACAUUUAGAACAUGAUCUUAUCAGUAAUCUAAGGUCUGUGAAAAGAUUGUCUCUUGGAGGUUGCAAUUUUGUAGGUUCAAAUGCAGCAUUUUUUGGUGAUUUAAGGCAACUCCAUGAGUUAUCUAUCCCAUUAGAUAAUUUUAGUGGUCAAAUUCCAGCAGUAUUUGAAAACCUUAAGCACCUCACUUUGUUGUCACUUUCAUCUAACAAGUUCAGUGGUCAAAUUCCCCCCUCGUUAGCAAACCUUAACCAGCUCAUUAGUUUAUUUCUUUUCAACAACAAUCUCAAUGGUCAUUUCCAACAUAAUUCAUUGAUUUAUAUUUAUUUGAGCAACAAUAAGUUGGAAGGGGCAAUGCCAAGUUCAGUUUGCAAGCUAAAGCUGGCCCAAGUUCAUGACUUUUCCAACAAUAGCUUUAACGAUUUCAUCCCACAUUGUUUGGGAAGAUUUAGCAAUGAUUUGUUGGUGUUGCAUCUAGGCAUGAACAAUUUCCAUGGAAGUAUCCGUACAUCAUUUUCAAACAAUAACAGCUUGAUGUAUUUGAACUUUAAUGGCAAUCUAUUAGAAAGGCGAAUUCCUUCAACCAUCACCAAUUGCAAAAAUUUAGAAGUUUUGGAUAUUGGCAACAAUAAGAUAGAUGAUACCUUCCCUGUUUUUUGGCAUACUCUUAAACAACUACAGGUUCUUAUUCUACAAUCCAACAAACUGCAUGGAUCUCUGAAAGAUGCAAUCGGCAAUUAUUCCUUCUCUAAGUUGCGAAUUUUUGACAUUUCCAACAAUAGUUCUAGUGGACCUUGGCCACUUGAGUACUUCAUUAGUCUUGAAGCCAUGAUAGUUCCAAAUCAAGAGAUUGAAUACAUGCGAUUGGUAGACUUGAUAUUUCUUUCAGUUUUUCACGUUUCACAUUAUCAACUUGAAGGACACAUACCUCUGGACAAACAACUUGAUACAUUUGAUAGUAAUUCAUAUGAAGGAAACCCACGAUUGUGUGGAUUUCCACUAAGAAAAGCAUGUGAAAAUGGGGAAAGGCAACUAGUAACUCCAUUAGAAGAAGAUUCAAAGUCUGAAAAUGGAUUUGGUUGGAAAGCUGUUUUGAUAGGGGAUAUAUGUAGUUUUGUAUUUGGUAUUUAG